AUGAAUAUUUGGAUUGCCUUAUCUAUAAAUCUGGUUAUUGGAACAGAUGCUACUUUAAACCUUUUGAAUCCACUCUCGGAUGUCAACUACAUAUUGUCAGGAAUAAGAUGCUUUAUAGCUUUAUCGAGCAUUCUCUUAUCAUUUGCAAUUUAUAAAAAAGUAAAGCUAUCCUUACUCACUAUCUUGCUCCAACUCCUGUAUCAAAUGCAAAUGGCUUUUGAAAUCAGACAAACCUUCACAUCUCUAAAUCCAUUUAACCUUUAUAAAUACCUACUAUUAUUGUAUUACGAACACCAAAACCAGUAGCUGAAGUAUCUCUAAUACAUAACUUACUUAUAUUGUAUGAUUGAAAUACAAUUCCAAAACACUUUAAUUCAUUAAUACACCAUCACAACAUUAAUUUUUAUUAUCAUCAUAGUUAUAAAAACAUCUCUGAAUUCUUAAUAAUUACUCCAUAAACACCAAAACUCCAACGAAGUAUUCCAUUCAUAUUCUACUAUUCCUGCAGUAAAUACAUCAUCUAAUAGGAAAAUAGAUUUAAUUACUAAAGAUGAAUUAAUCUACAUCCUCAACCAUAUUCGGCAAGGUAUCAUCUACUUUGGAUAGAACCUUGACAUCUAAUACUUGAAUGAGAAGGCUCAGAAAUUAUUGUAGACGUAAUCAUAAGAAUUGGCCAUGUUUUAAUUGCAGAAAAUAAUUAUACAAGGAAUUGAAUAGGAUUAAAAUUUGAACAGUUAACAAAAAGAAAUCAAGACCAGAGCCUCAUAGAAGCAUCUCUUACAAAAGGCUGAUAGCAAAAUGAUAGAAAGUUUAAUUGCCUCUGCUGAAUAAAAUCUCAAACGAUUCUAAUCCAAGAGUGAAAAAAGACUGGACUCUUAAUUUUUAUCAAAUAAAUAAAAAAAGAGCUAAUUCACUAUUUCUGAAUUUAGACAGCUACUCCUAUCCUUAUUUGCUGAUUCCCAAAUAAUUAAUCCUUUAGAUCAAAGAACUUUCAUUAAAGCCGACAAAUUGAAAGUCAAUCUUACAACCAAUAACAUAGAAAAGAUUAUUGAGUUGUAAUUUUGUAAAAUUGCUAAUAUAUUAAAUCAAGGCGGAUAUUUGAUUUUAGUCUAGGAUGUGACUGAAAACGAAAGACUAUAACAAUAUAUUCAAAAACAAAAGUUCUAGACUUUACAUUUUAAUUCAUUCUCUCAUGAAUUGAGAACACCGCUCAAUUGCUCCUUAACCUUACUACAAGCAUUGAAAACUUAAUCCAUUUCUAGUCAACUUAUAAAAAACUAUUUAAAUCCUGCCAUAGUUUCAAAUAAAUUACUGAUGCAUCAAAUCAAUGAUAUUUUAGAUUAUGCUUCAUUCGGUCUUGGAACAUUUCAAAUAAAUAUCUGUGAUUUCCUUAUUUAAGAUGUAUUCAAAUAAUUGGAAGAAUACUAUUUGGAAAUCUGUUCAACAAAAGGAAUAAAACUGAUCUUUUCAAUUUUUGACUCUCUUGAAAAUAUUAUAAUAUACAAUGAUCCUGAAAGGAUAUUGUAGCUCUUAGUUAAUUUAAUUAAUAAUUCUCUCAAAUUUACCAGAGAAAAUGAUGCAAUUUGUAUUACAGCUAAAAGUAAACAAAAAAGCUCAGGAAUAAUCAAAGAUAAUUUUAUCAAAUUUAUAGUCCAUGAUACAGGUAGAGGAAUAGCCAAAUCAGAAUUGGAUGCCAUUAAUAAUAUUAUCCAUACUUCUGUCGCUGAUGAUGUAUAUCAUUAGUUAAAGAACUUCACAACCAAAUAUGUAGGAUUGGGAUUCACAAUAGGAAGUAGGAUGAGCAAUGAAUUGGCUUAUUCUAAAAAAUCAUAUUUCAAGAUCAGAAGCAAGGAAGGGUAGUUUACAAAAGUGAGUUUCAGAAUUUUUAACUAAAUAACUUCUUAUUCCUUAGGACCAAAGAUUUCUUCCAUUAAAAUCGACCACAUCAUUUCGUCAGAAUAAUUUGAUAUUGAAAAUAACUAAUAGGAGCAACACCAGGUUCCUUUUUUGACUCAAACCUUCUUCUCUAAUAGACUGAUUUAAAGUGAAGCAAUGUCGUAGAUACUAAUUUGCGAUGAUGUAGUUUUUAAUCUGAUUUCUUUGAAGUUACUGAUUAAAAACCUUGGUUAUGAAAGUGACACUGUUUAUGAUGGCUAUCAGGCUAUAAAUUAAAUUAAGAAACGGAAUCUCUAAUAGAAAGCAUAAUACAAAAUAAUCUUUAUGGAUAUUGAAAUGCCAGUGUUAAAUGGAUAUCAAACAUCAACCUAAUUACUAUAAAUUGAUAACAAAUUAAAUAUCAUUAUGUGUUCGGCAUACGAUACAGAAGAUAAUUUAAGCAAAGCAUUAGAAAGUGGAAUGAAGGAUUACAUCAUAAAACCAGUUAGAAUAGAGUAACUACAAGUUUUGAUUAAGAAAUAUAUUAAAUGA